AUUGUUCUGCUGCAUGAUGGGAGUAUAUAAAUGACCCGGGCACCGACCAAGAGGAGUCAGUAAGCGCUGGAUCUUCGUACGAGGAGCAUCAUCAUCAUCGCAUCAUCAUCGGAAUAAUGAAGACACAAACUAUCUCAACCUAUGCCCUGCUGGCAUUGGCCAUUGCAGUGGCAACGGCCGACGCCUGGUGGUUCAAAAGCAAAGGCUACGACGAUUGCUGCGAUUCCGGGUACGGCCAUGAUGGCUACGACUAUGGUGGAGGAGGUUACACCGGUUACGAUGACUACGAGUAUGACACUGGCUAUGGCCAUGAAGAUGAUGGAUAUGGGUACGGCAAAUCCUCUAAGGGAUACGGCAAAGGAUAUGGCGGUUAUGGCAAAGGAUAUGGCGGUUACGGCAAAGGAUCUGGCGGUUAUGGCAAAGGAUAUGGCGUCUAUGGCAAGGGAUAUGGCGGCUACGACAAGGGAUACGGUGGUUACGGGAAGGGUGGAGGAGGUUACGGCGGCUAUGGCAAAGGUCACAAGGCCAGCAGUGGAUACGGCAAAGGUCACGACAAAGGUCAUGGCGGAGAAGAGUAUGGAUAUGGCGGAUAUGAAGAUGAUCAUGGAUACCAUAAAUAAAUCUUCAGCUGGAGAAUGAGAAGCUCACAUUUCAUGUGUAUAUAUAUGAAUUAUGCUAAGCAUCUUUGUUUUUUGUUAAUUGCUAUCAUUGUUGCUGUUCUUGUUAUCUGUAAAUAAAUGGGAAUCCUAUAUAUACUUUGUAUUGAUGGUGAUAUCGACAUUAUAAUGACUCGAAAACUGACAGAUUUGUAAAAUUGAAUUGACUGUUUGUAGAAAUGAAAGUAUUCGUGUCGAAGGACUGACUGGAAUGACCAAAGUGGUCUCCAAUAUUUUAUCUUAUUUCGCAGUCGACUGACGUAUCCCAUCACAGUUACUCUGACUUCACGCAUGCAAUAAAUAGUACGUGAUUA